AUGAUUAAUCCAAAUGUAGGCAACUCUAUUUUUAUAGAAGGGAAUAUGUUUACAAGACUUUAAUAAACUAAUAUGUAAGGUCCUCAAUUAAAUAAUGAUAUUGUACAUUUGAUUGGGAAUCCAAAAUAACUAUUUAUCUUAAAGUAAUACAAUAAAAUAAGGACAAAUGAAAUACAGAUUCUUAGGCUAAUUAAAGGAUUAUAAAAUGAAGAAUAAUCUAAAUGUCAAAAUAUCAUUAAAAUAAUUGGUAUACAGGAGAAGUAAAUAUAAAACUAACUGACUUUAUAAGUAAUUUUAGAAAAAAGUGAAGAUAAUUGCGAAAAUUUGAUUUCUGCAAAAACCAUUAGUUUAGUCUAAAAACUAAAUAUAUUUGAAUAAGUAAACUCAAUAUUUUAUUAAGAUGGUAAAAGGAGUGAUAUAAUUACAAGAAUUAAGCUGUUAUCUUAAAGAUUUGAAACCAGAAAACUUUGUCUAUUUUCAAGAUAAUAAUAACAAUUAUGUAAUCAAAUUAAUAGAAUUUGGUUUUCUAAAUCAAGAGUCUAAUCUAAUAUCUCAAAUCAAGUCUUUAAAAUACAUAGCUCCUGAAGUUUUGAUAACAUAGGGAAAUUAUAAUAUAAAUACAACUAAUAUUUGGAGUCUUGGAAUCAUAUUAUAUUAAAUAGUUUCAUCUCAACAUUUUUUCUAAUGUAUUUUAUUCAUUCAUUUUUAGCUAUGAAUCAAUAAGAAUUGAUACAAUAAAUCAAUUCUUUAACUUAAGAGUAGAUAAAUAGUAAAAUAAACUAAAUUUUGAAUAUAGGAUAACCAGAAAAAGAUUUAAUUUCUUCAAUGUUAUAAAAAGAAAGUUAACACAGACUUAAAUUAUAAAGUGUGUUAGAACAAAUAUAGAUUAAUUUACCAAUAAUAAAGGAAUAAGAAGAAACAAGACAAUUAAAAUUCGUAAAAGAGUAAUAUCUAAUAUUUCUUAGAAAUGCAAAAUAAAAAAAUAAUUUAUAAGCCCCUUAAAUUAAACUCAUCUCAGAAUAAUUUAAAUUUUAUUAAUUUAUUUAUAAGUAAUUUUAAGGACAGGGUUAGAUUUCAAAUUUGAUAAAACGGAAUUAAGAUAUUUCAGAAACUAUCUAAUAAAUAGAAUAAUAGGAGAGCUCAAAUUAAUAAUUUGACUCAAGAUAACAUGAAAUUACUGUUUAUAAAGAAUUUAAUGAAAAGCUUAAAUAAUGUUUAUAUGAUUUCGAUAAUUCAUUCAAAAAUUCAAUUCGUGAUGCAAAUUAAUUUAUUUAAAGAAUCGAUAAAGACUAUAUGGAAUUUCAUAAUAGAUAGAUUAGGUCCUGUAAAGAAUAAUUAACAAAAUAAUCAGAGAAAUUCUAAUAGUUUUCUAAUUUACCAACAUAUGCAAAUAUUAUUAAUUAAGUUAAUAAAAAGAUAGAAGAAUAUUUUGUAUAAUUAACAAAUCUAGAAUAAUUAAUAAUUUAAAGAACAUAGCAGGCUUAUUAAAAAUACGAGCAAAUUUAUAAAUAGAUUCAGCAAUAAUUAGUAGAUUUCUAUUAAGAAAAUGAUGAAAAUGUUAAAAAAAUUUUACUUUCAAUUUAAAUUGAAAAAAAAAAGGAAGAAUGGAGAAAAAAUUAAGAUUAGGUAUAAGCCUAAUGGAAAAUAUGUGUAGAUAACACGCCUAAAUUAAAAUAAUAAAUGAUAUAGUUGAUAAAUAAUCCAAUAUGCUAAUCUCUUAAGAAAGUGAUAGAUGAAAAAUUUUUAUAAUUAGAUUAAGAAAUAUCUGAAAAUGAAAAUUUAUUUAAUAGUUAUAAAAAUUUCAAUUAAUUCAAUUGUGUUGAAGCUAUUAAUUGGUAGAUUUAAAUAUUGGAAAGCUUUUAGAAAAAAUUAAAGGAAUUAUAUUUGAAUCAAACAAUAUAAGUAGGCCAAUUAUAAAGUUAUUCCAAUAAUGUAUAAGAACUAUAAAAAAAGUACACACUAUUUUAAUAAGCUACAUAAUCAAUUAAUUGUAAAUUUCCAAAUUAUUAAUAUUUUAUUAAAAUUCAUCAAGAAAAUGAAAAACAUCAUCAAUAAUUAGAAUAAGAAAUAAAGGUUUUGUAAGAAUAUUUAAUGCAUUAAAAUGAAAAUGAGUAGCUAUUUAUAGAAGCCUUAGAGAAUAUGAAAACCAAAAAAUAAAGUUAAAAAAAAUUAGAAAUUGAAAAAAGGAUCAGUAAAAAUCAAGAAAUUAAUAAAUAAUAGGGUUAGAUAUUAUCUGCUGUUUUGUAGAAAGUGUCUAAAUUAUAAUCAGAAUUAAAAUUUACUGUUUAAGAUCACAAUCUAAUUAUGGAUUAGGAAUAGUUAAAUAUACUAAAUAAUGCAUUAUAAAAUGAAAUAAAUAUGAUGAAUCAAAAGAUAUCUAAUUAAAUAUUUAGCAUUUAAUAAUUAACUCAAUAAAUGAUAGAAAUUUCAAAGUUAAAUACUAAAAUAGAUGAUUAGAUGAAGAGAAUACCUUAGAAGUAGAUAGUUGAAGAUUUUAUCAACAAAUUUUAAUAAAAUUAAGACUCAUAUGAAAAAUAGUAUGCUUUAGUUAAUUAUAUAAAAUUAUAUCACUUAACAAGAUAUAUUAAUAGAAUCAAAUAAAAACCAAAUAUAAUGGAUUAAGUAGAAAUAACCAAAUACGAGAAGGAGACUAAAGGUCUAUUAUAGAAUUAUGAAAAUUAUUUAUUUAAUAAUAAAAUUUAAAUAAAAAUUGAAGAAAUGGAAAUAAAUAGAAAAGAACUGGAGUAACAACUUGAAAAAUUAGAAAAGAAAUUAGAAUAAUAAAAUUAUGAUUCAUUAUCCGAAAGGUUGAAAUUUGAAAAAUAGAUAAUUGAGACCUAAUGGAAUAAUUAAUUUUAUAAAAUAACUGAUUUUACGUAAAUGAUAAGAUUAAAUAAAAUAAAAACAGAAAUUUAAUAAGUAAUUCAAGAAAAAUUUAGAAAUCAAUUAUGA